GGUGUCCUCGCGUGGUUGCAGUGUCCAGCAAGAGCCCAUAAAAGCUGGAAAGCAACGUGGAAGGCGGCAUACGAGCAACCUGCGCACCUGCGACCGGGUCAAAGCGAUUGCGUAGACCGAAACGUGGCGGUGCAUCAGUGAGAAUCGAGAUUCCGGCUGGAUUACACGCGGUACCAUAGAAAUAUUUAAACACCAAACGUUAAUCGACGAUAAGGGAAUGUCAUGUUUCGAAGAAUAACUCGUUCUAUUCGUUAGGGAACACUUUUCUGGAUGAAAACAAAAGAACGACAGACAAUGGAGAAUGUCUUAUAAAUCGAACGAUUUUUUGAAAUUGUGAGCUACGCGUUGACGUUUUGUGAAUGAAAAGUGCGAGGUAUGACAAGAUAUCUUGAAUUUCUUGAACUUUGUGUUACCGGCGACUUUUCCAGUUUGCUUGACACUGAUACUUGAUACAAGAAUGACUGGAAACCGGUAAUUCUUGAGAGCUUUUACAAGAAAAGCAUAACUUCACACUUUGUUAACUUCUUUCCGUUGUUUUUGCAUAACCAGAGAGAUAAAAUAAUCACUGUUUGUUGCGAGGGAGAAGGUUGAUUACACUAAGGUUGUGAUGCUGUUAAUCGCGGUUGUUGUUCUCGCGCGGUCUUCCAAAAUAUAAUGUUCCGAUAUGGCAGUGAAAUACUUGGAUGGUCCUUUUAUAUUCAGGCUCAACGACAAUGGUUCAGGACCGCAUCUUCUUAUACAGGUUUGUACGGAACGGGGCUGGAGGGAAUAUACUGGUGAAAAUAAUGUAUUCAAAGAUCGAUGGAAUUUAUGGUGGCGGUCCGGCGGUUUCCCCUUACCCCAUUACAAGCUAUUACUCCCGUGGCAGUUUAUCAACAGAAUUCCGAAAGGGAGUUCGAUCUGUAGGAAAGACAAUCUCAUACGUCAUCUUAGAUGCAUGAAGAAGAUGCAUGGGUCGAUCUACGAUUUCAGUCCUGUAGGAUAUAAUUUGCCUUCGGAAUAUACUAAAUUAGCGGAAGAGUGCAACCGUUGCGAGCAUGAUAGAGUUUGGAUCUGUAAGCCAGCUGGUCAAAGUCAGGGAAAAGGAAUCUUUUUGUUUCGUAAAUUAAGCGAUCUUACAUACGACAAUGCCGCAGUGGUUCAAAGAUAUAUUGAGAAUCCCUUUCUAAUCGGUGGUUACAAAUUCGAUCUACGACUAUACGUGUGCGUACCAUCGUAUCGCCCUUUGACAAUAUAUUUGUACAAGGAAGGACUGGCACGUUUCGCUACAGAAAAAUUUUCACUAGAGCAUUUGAACGAUCCUUUCCGACAUCUCACUAACUUCUCGUUGAACAAAUUGGGCCCAGGAUAUUCCGAGAAAAAGGAACGCGUCGGUUCUGGUUGCAAAUGGACUUUUAGACAAUUGAGAAGAUAUUUCGAACAAGCCGGAUACUACGAUUGGUUUCUCUGGCAGCGGAUAGCCUGUUUAAUUACUUUAACAAUACUGAGCCAAGCUGCGAGCAUACCAAAAUCUUCCAAUUGCUUCGAAUUCUUCGGAUUUGACGUAUUAAUCGACAGAAAUUUAAAACCAUGGUUACUGGAGGUCAAUCUUAGCCCGGCUCUAAGUAAUGACUGCGAGAUCGACUCUGAAGUGAAGAAACCUCUGCUGCACGAUUUAUUCGAUUUAUUAGGUCUUCCAGUAUGUAAUACUGGACUCUCCCUUUUCACAAUAUGGUCAACGAGUUCGAUUAACGAUGAGGCGGAAGAGUCUUCCAAGUUUUGUACAAACCGAACUGUGAAAAAGAAAUCGAGAACUUAUCGGGAAACUGAUGGUUUUUUAAACAUAUGCACGGAACUUCAGCCUACCCUUAGACAAUCGACUAUCAACAAUUCUUCAAAUUUGUGGUCUCGUUACAAUCCCUUAUUAGUGGAUAAGUACGUUCCACGAGGUUUUCAGGGUAAUAACCCAGAAAGCAACAAUAAAACAUCGAUAUGGGAUAAUGGUAAAGAUUGGAGUACACCAUGUGCGAGGGAGGGAGGAUGGGUUCGCAUUUAUCCGCUGAUGCGAAUAAAAUCUGAGAACACCGUUGAUUACGUAUCAUCUUUAUCGGACACUACAAAAAUCGCAGAAAAGGAAACCAGAAAUGUGGUUCUUUCCAUACAAAAAUACUUGAAAGCUGCCAAAGAAGUCCACAAGAAGAAUGAAAAAUAUAGAGAUGAACAAUAUAAUGCUACGUUACGAAAAAUAUUAGAAUUAAAUACUGAAAUCUGGCUGCCAUCGAAAUAACUUUAGUAUAAACAACGGAUACUCGCAUCUUUUAUCUUUAUAUUUCUUUUUAUCAUUUAAACAAAUCAGCACAAUAUGCUUUGACCAAUUACGUGAUUUUAUAACACUAUAUUUAGCCGAACCAUAUUUUUAACAGCCAAAAAUAUUUCUCAGUAUUUUUAAUAGCGGAAUAUGUUUUAAGAUGUUUUAAACAUGAUUGUGGUAGAAACAGAGAGGAAGAGAGAGAUUAAUGAAGAACAAUCACAUGCUAUUCUAAUGUGUUCUAAAAUACUAUUUGUAAAUAUUAUAUGGGAUAAAGAUGAAGAACAUCUAUAUUCACCAAAUCAUUCUCGGUUUAUUGAACAUUUUCUGUACAUUAAUUCACUCCCUUUGCUGCUAACCUCUUGUCGCGUUCCUCAGCAAUAGAAAGCUUUACACCUUUGUCUCUUGGUAAGCUAAUGUACGGCUUCGUACCUUUGCCAAUGAUAAAUACGUUGUUCAACCUAAAUAACCGGUACAAUUAGCCAACAUAUAAAAUACUCAUGUUUCCUAAAUGGGUAAUGCUAUGUAACAUGUCUAUGUGAAAACAAUCAGUGACCAAAUAUGGAGGAAAUUCAUUUUGGCCAACUUUUGACUACAAUAUUUUUUAUAAUGUAUUAUAGCUUCUAUUAUGGCCAUCAUAAAAAGAAAUUUAAUCUUUUUCGUGUAAAAAUUUAAAAUAAAAAAUGUGCAAGACAGAUAUAAAUA